CCCCACCCCAAUAGGAUCUGGUGGAAGAAAAGUCAGGCAAACACCACUGGGAGAUCAGAACUUCUAGCUGGCUCUCUGCUGCCACAGCUCCACCAAAAGGGUGGGGAGGAAGAGGAACAUCGACCCAGAGCUCAGAGGAGAGGCAGGUGUGCUCAGGUGCAUCACCUGGAUCAUGAAGUCAUCCCUCUGCUGGCUCCUCUCACUUCUCCUCUUGGCCUCUGUGGCCCAAGGCCAAUCAUCAAGGAGACCAAGACCUGGGCCCGGGCCCGGACGCAGGCCCCGGCCCAGGCCCAAGCCCACAGCCAGCUUUCCUCACCCCCAUGAGCCAGCAGAGCCCACAGACCUGCCUCCCCCGCUGCCUCCUGGCCCUCCAUCCAUCUUCCCUGACUGUCCCCGGGAAUGCCACUGCCCCCCUGACUUCCCAUCGGCCCUCUACUGUGACAGCCGCAACCUGCGCACCGUGCCUGUCAUCCCGGCCCGCAUCCAUUACCUCUAUCUCCAGAACAACUUCAUCUCUGAGCUGCCAGUGGAGUCCUUUAAGAAUGCCACAGGCCUGAGGUGGGUCAACCUGGACAACAACCGCAUCCGCAAGGUGGACCAAAGGGUGCUGGAGAAGCUCCCGGGCCUGGUGUUUCUCUACAUGGAGAAAAAUCAGCUGGAGGAGGUGCCCUCGGCCCUGCCCCCGAGCCUGGAGCAGCUCAGGCUGAGCCAGAACCUCAUCUCCAGGAUCCCACCUGGUGUCUUCAGCAAGCUGGAGAAACUGCUGCUUCUCGACCUGCAGCACAAUAAGCUGAGCGACGGUGUCUUCAAGUCCGACACCUUCCAGGGCCUCAAGAGCCUCAUGCAGCUCAACCUGGCCCACAACAUCCUGAGAAAGAUGCCGCCCAAGGUGCCUCCAGCCCUUCACCAGCUCUACCUGGACAGCAACAAGAUCGAGAACAUCCCCAACGGGUACUUCAAGGGUUUCCCCAACCUGGCCUUCAUUCGGCUGAACUACAACAAGCUGUCUGACCGAGGGCUCCCCAAGAACUCCUUCAACAUCUCCAACCUGCUGGUGCUCCACCUGUCCCACAACAAGAUCAGCAGUGUGCCCGCCAUCAGCAACAGGCUGGAGCACCUGUACCUCAACAACAACAGCAUCGAGAGUUGGGGAACAAGCAUCGGGGUGGUAAGGCCAGAGUCACGAAGUCCAUGUGGAAAGUUCCACCUGUGUCAGGGCUCUUCCGCUACUCCAACAAGGAAGGAAGAAAAACAGGAGAGGAAGAAAAAUCAACGGGACACAGAUUUGCCCCGGCAACCUGGUGGCCUUCCAGGACUUUUCCUCAGAUCUGGAGAACGUGCCUCACCUGCGCUACCUGCGGCUGGAUGGGAACUACCUGAAGCCACCCAUCCCGCUGGACCUCAUGAUGUGCUUCCGCCUGCUGCAGUCUGUGGUCAUCUAGGCCCUGCCCUGGCUGGACCUCCUCUGACUGCACUUGAAGGCUGGUGGCCCAGGUGCCUGGCCCGCCAUUUUUCUCUGUCUCUCCCUCUUUUACUCCUCCUAUGCCUCUCUUAUCUCCCCUUUCUGAGAACAGGAAGUGCCGUGUGCUCUGCCGCAGCUCUGGAGAAAGAUUUCCCAGGGCUUUAUUUGCUCCCGCCCAGUUCAAAGUCACCCCCUGCACUCAUGCCCAAACUUCUGGCGUUCCGAGGUGUCCCUGCUCCAGAAACACAGCCGACUAUAGACCUCGCAUCCCUUCUUCUCUCCUCCUCCACACAUCGCUCCUGGGCAAGGCUGGGCCACAGACUGACAUCUGAGCUUGAUCCUGGCCAAGCGAGAAGCACAAGACGUCCAGGGAAGCUCACACGUGCACUUCUGAAAGGCUCUCUGGAGACUUCCAAUCCUGGGCAGCUCUGCCUAAAGAGGCUGAGAACCCCAGGUCUCCUCUACCAAGGAUCCCUUCUCCCCAAACUGCUGCUCCAUCACCCUGCUCCCUGGGCACUGCGCUGCUGUCUGCCAGCUGCAUUCUGCAGGAAGGAAGCACAGAGGAGGGGCAUGGGCUUGGGGUUCCCACAAAGGCCUGCAAUCUGGCCCUCUCUGCACGGGGCAGAGUUGGAGAGUUUACCUCUCCAGGGUAACCAUGGCACACACCCUCUGGGCUGGGCCUCAGAGAACAGCCAGAAGAAUGGCUCAAGGAGCUAGGAAUUAGCUAGGAGGAGAGGGGGGCGGUCAGAGCCCCAGGUCGGGCCAACACUAUGGGUGUGGAUGAGUCUGGCAGUGCCCCUCGCCCAACCUGGACAAGAGGCCUAAGGCCCUGGAGAACACAGUGUUCACACUGGCAGGUCAAGAGGCCCGGCCCCACCCAACCAUCUGUUUUCUGUUAGUGUGGAUGGCCCAUCACUUCCACCAACAACUCCCCACCCCCACUGGGGUGGUAUUAGCCACAGGGAAGGGGCGGAGCACUAGAAAUCUCCCAGAAGUCUCUUCUGCGUUGAAAAUGGGCCUCUAGCUCCAAGUCAGACACAUCAGUGACACCUGGUGGCUGCUGAAAGUCACAACUGGUCCCAUCCUCACCCUGUGUUUGGGGUGACUGGGGUGAUGUUCCAAGGUCAGGGAGCUGGUUCGAGGUCUCGGCUUGGAAGCGCUACGGGUGACAGGCAUGGCGCCACUCUCCUCUACAGGAUAAAGGGCCAAAAGUCCACUUGAUUGAGAGCAAAUGGGAGCCUUGAGACACCAGGUGCAGAUGCCAUUUAACCUUGAUCUUGCCAGGUCCCUUCUCUGAGCUCCCACAUCUGUAAACCAGGCCGGGGGUGGGGAAGAUGCUCCUCUGAGGCCCCCCAGCACUGCGGUCCAGUCUGCCCCUCUACUCUCUAGAGCACACCCUGUGCAAGACAAGUCCUAGCUGGUAUCCCUUUCCUUGCAGUAAUUUAUGGGCUGUCUCUUCCAGAGAGGCUUCUCCGCCCUCCUUACUUGGCCCCGGUUAGCCGCUGGUCAGGUCUCCAGGUGGAUCCCUCACCUUCAUCCCUAACUUCCUGGGUGCCACCCCUCCACAGUCCCCUGGGGUAUGUGUUGGUGGGGAAUACUGGGAGGAGGAUGUUCUAGAAAUGAUUAAGACACAGUAGCCCCCUCAAGUUAAGAGGAGAAAUGCUUCAGAGGUUCUUAAGAAAUUGAACUGAACUGGGCUCUUAACUUCAAGAAAUCCCCAUCACAGUCUUGCUCAACUUUCUCUUUUGCUAAAUAUGGGAAACAGUGCCCACUUCAUCUGGGCCUCCUUCCCUGCAGCUGGUUUCUCCAAGGCUCAUGCUUAAAGUCAGUCUCUUAGUAUGGCUGUAAGCAACCUGGUGCUAUGCCUGGACGAACCCCUUCCUGCUCCUCAUUCACACCUAAAACCUCAAUCCUUUCGAUGAGGCCCAUGGGCUCAAACAGCCCCUGUGGCUCUCCGGGGGGCCUGGUCCUGCAAACCUGAACAUUUAGCUCCAGCAGCCACACGAUCGUCAUCAUCCCAUUGCCACAUCCAGAGUAAGUCUGCUCCCUCCACUGCUUUCUGCAGCUGUAAGUCAGAGGGGUGAGAGGCAAAGCGGCUUUAUAGGUACCCCAAUCCCUGCAUGCAUACACACAGAGAGUUGGUUUCCCUUGGGUUUAGAAAGCCCUGCCUUCUGACACAAGUUCUACUGACAUCAGCAUAUCCAGUGCUUUUGGAAACUGCAUAUCCGAUUCAGGCAUGGAAGGAGGUGUGUAUGUGUGCUCUGUACAUGGGUCUCUCCGCUCUUGCAGGCCAUGUUAACUCUGGACCAACUUUUCCAUUUCAACACGCUUCAAAGCAGAGGAAAUAAAGUAAUAUGAAAACA